AUGGGACAAGAAUUGAAUCCAGAAUUUGAGAAAGUGAUCGGGCAUCAUUUCCAUGACCAAGGUUUGGUGGAGGAGGCUCUGGAAGAGUCUGGACUAGCAUCUGCAGGGAAUGAGCGGCUGGCCUUACUAGGAGACAAAAUUCUCGACCUUAUGCUGCUUCGUCGUUGGUACCAUGAAGGCAACACUACAGAACAAGGGACAUGCCAGCUUCAGACUUACGCCUGCAACAAGCAGUUAACCUCUAUGGCUAGAGCCUUGGAUUUGCAGAGAUUUAUCCACCAAAGACCAGACCUAGAAAGGAGUGUACCAGAUAGCACAUUGGCUACUACCGUGGAAGCUAUUCUUGGUGCAGUUUGGCUUGAUUCCGACGAGGACGUACAGCAGGUGAAUGAAGUUAUGGAGAAAAUUAGGCUGUAUCCAUCCUCUGGCCGCGUUCCUACCUGA